CUGGUUUUUCCAUUCCGUCCAACACUGUCACUUCUCAGCUUCCUUCUGACUGUAGGGAAUUUUACAAGUCAUUCAUUGUAUUCGGCGAUCAAUUCCUUCUAGGCAAUCAUUUUGUAUUCAGCCUAAGCACCAGGGCGAUUUCUGCGCCACUCCACGUAUUCAGGAUCCGCAGAUGUGCUUGCAUGAACACAAUAGCCUUUCUUCUCAAAGCUCUCUUCGGUCUCUCAUAUCUGGUUCUUUAUCUCUUUGCACAAGACCAUACACAAUGCGUGGAUAGUGGAUCAGACUGGUAUACGAGUGUUGUGGGGGAGACACCGUGCCGAACAUAUGAGCGACUACGCCAGAUAUGCAAUCACAAUUAUGGCUUGGGUGUCUUGAAUCCCACCACUCCUCCGGAUACCUGUAACGACCAAAUCGGCGAAUACUGUUGCAAUUCAAUCGCAUUCGGACUUAGUGUGCUAUGUCUGACGUGCCAGCAAGGACAACAAGAGAACGGCAAUGGUAUCGAUGGCAGUGCAUGUGCGCUCUUCAAUCAGCUUGAUUAAUCUUCAUCUCCGAAAGGUCCCGGCACAUAUCAGCAAUAUCUCAUGCACGGCACAAACUCGUUCUGCUCCCCCAAUACUAACAAAUCGUUUACAAAUAACGUACAAACGGCAGUGUGUGACGACGAACUUAAGAUCCAUGACGAUUUCUAUGGCCCGGUGUUUUG